AUCAACAUGCGGGAUGGAUGUGUUGACUGUAUCCAACGUGUGAAGUGAGAAAUGUCAGUUUAAUCACUCAGGCUGCCAAAUAUUUAUAUAUUUCGGGGGCAUUUUUCGUGAUCAAGAUGGCAAACACCAACCUUCAGUUCAAAACAAAUUACACUGUUUCCAGCAAGAUUGAACCGUUUUACAAAGGCGGGAAAGUGCAGAUCAGCAAAGAUGAGAAACACAUCUUUUGCACGUGUGGCUCUCAUGUCAAUGUUUUGGAGAUCAGCACCGGGAAGAUUGUCCACAGUGUUGAGCAUGAUGAUCAAGAGGACAUCACAUCUUUCGCACUUAGCUGUGAUGAUGAGCUGCUGGUAACAGCCAGCAGGGCUCUGCUGCUGAAGCAGUGGGACUGGAGACAAGCUCAGUGUACUCGGUCAUGGAGGGCCAUUCACACUGUGCCUGUAGCCAGUAUGACCUUUGACUCCACGUCUACGCUUCUAGCCACAGGUGGCUGUGACGGCACCAUAAAGAUUUGGGAUGUGGUGAAGCAGUACUGCACUCAUAACCUGAAAGGGUCGUCUGGUGUUGUGCACCUGGUCCAGUUCCACCCAGACAUCAGCCGGCUGCAGCUCUUUUCCUCCUCUCUGGACUGCGGCAUUCGGCUGUGGGACCUACGUUCCAGUCAGUGUGUGUGUGUGCUGCAGAGCCACUACAGCGCUGUCACCUCCCUCUGCUUCAGUGCUGAUGGUGGCACCAUGGUCAGUUCUGGCAGAGACAAGAUCUGUACAGUGUGGGACGUGAAUACUCGAAAAGCCAAGAGGACUGUACCUGUCUAUGAGGCUGUGGAGGGCGUUGUGCUGCUGCCUGAGAAUAAAGAUUUCUCUCAGAUCGGAGUAAAGAGCAAAGACUUGCAUUUCAUCACAGCUGGCAGCAAAGGUGUGUUGAGAGUGUGGGAGGCCAGCACGGCGCGCUGUGUCUACACCCAGACCCUCCCCUCCACUCUCAUCCCUGUUCACGGGGAGGAGGAGGAGGAGGAGAAGGACGAUGACCCCCGCAGUCUAACGUACCUGCUUCACCUGCCCAACUCGUCCAGACUGGCCACAGUCACUGCAGAACACAACAUACUGCUCUACCAGCUGCCUGGCCUCACCACACAGCAGCAGUUUGUGGGUUACAGUGACGAGGUGCUCGAUGUGAAGUUUCUGGGUAAAGGCGACAGUCACAUCAUAGUGGCCACCAACAGCUGCCAGCUGAAGGUGUAUGAGCUGCUCACCAACAGCUGCCAGAUCCUCUACGGACACACAGAUACUGUCCUCUCACUGGAUGUGUUCAAAAAAGGCUCUCUCUUUGCAAGCUGUGCGAAGGACAGGUCAGUGCGUGUGUGGGAGAUGGACAGUGACAGCGGUCUGGUGCGAUGUGUGGCCCAAGGCUCAAGCCAUGCUAAUGCUGUGGGCUCCAUCAGCUGCUCCAGAAUGAAAGCAUCUUUCAUAGUGUCUGGCAGUCAGGACUGUACAGUGAAGGUGUGGGAUCUGCCAGCAGACAUGUCUACAGCAGGGACAGGCAUGUGUCAGCUGACUUCCCGUGCCACAGAGAAGGCACAUGACAAGGAUAUAAACAGUGUUGCGGUGUCGCCCAAUGACAAGCUGCUGGCCUCGGGAUCCCAGGACCGGACCGCCAAGCUGUGGUCGCUGGCAGGGGAGGGGAACCUGGGCCUGCUGGGGGUGUUUCGCGGCCACCGCCGCGGCGUCUGGGCCGUGUGCUUCUCUCCCGUCGACCAGGUGCUGGCCACAUCCUCUGCAGAUGGCACCACCAAGCUCUGGAGCCUGCAAGACUUCAGCUGCCUCAAGACAUUUGAGGGGCACGACGCGUCAGUCUUGAAGGUCAUCUUUGUGAGCCGAGGCACUCAGCUGCUCACCAGUGGCUCAGACGGUUUAGUAAAGCUGUGGACCAUAAAGACCAAUGAGUGUGUGAAGACGCUGGACGCCCACCAGGACAAAGUGUGGGGUCUCCACGCCAGCCGCAAAGACGACAAGAUGGUGACCGGGUCAGCGGACUCUAACAUCACUGUGUGGGUGGAUGUGACUGAGGUGGAGCUGGCGGAGGAGCAGGCCAAACAGGAGGAUCAGAUACUCAAGAAGCAAGAGUUGUCCAACCUGCUCCAUGAGAAGAAGUAUCUUAAGGCCCUGGGUCUGGCCAUAUCACUGGACCAGCCUCACACUGUGCUCACUGUGAUCAAAGCGAUCCGUCAGGGGGAGGACAGCCGCGAGUUGUUGGAGAAGACACUGCUGAAACUUCGACUGGAUCAGAAAGAGUCACUCCUGCGCUACUGUGUGGUGUGGAACACCAAUGCCAGAAACUGUCUAGAUGCCCAGGCUGUCCUCCAGGUGCUCCUCACACACCUGCCGCCUGAGGAGCUGCUGCAGUACCAGGGCGCCCGAACACACCUGGAGGGGCUCAUCCCAUAUACAGAGAGACACAUGCAGAGGAUUGGACAUUUGCUGCAGGCGUCCAUGUUCCUGAACUACAUGUGGCAGAAGAUGAGAGUGGCCGGAGCACCGUCCAGCAUGGGCCAAGAUGAAGAAAUGGACACCACUCCAUUGGCACAGAGCCAACCUUUCCUGAUGAUUGACAAGGAGAAAGGAAAGGGCAGUGGUGAGGAGAGGCAAGAUGCUGGGGAUGACAGCGAUAGCGGACAAGAUGAAGAUCCAAAUUGUCCUGUUGAGGAGGAGGAGGACGAUGAGGUCAGCGUCACCAAGAAAGCCUCCACAUGCGGCGGGAGGAUAGCAAACGGAGCGAGCACCAAAACAAAUGGCAACCACCACUCUGAAAGUGAGGAGAGUUCAGAGGACGAAGAUGUGGAAGAAGAUAAGAACGAGCAAACUAAAAUGGUGAAAUGUCUCCGAGUUUCUUCUGCCCCUCAGUGCCAGACAUCUGCCAGCUGACAUGGAUCACCAAGCUAAGCACAGAUGACUCACUCCUGAAGAAAAAAAAAACCAAAAAACUCAGGAGGUCCUCCUAUCUCGGAUCUUUAGCUGGAACGACACACUGAAUGUGUGGCAGUGCAGGAAGAGACAGGUGUGGAAUGAUGAUAAUACAGACAA